GUCUUGGGGGUAGGGAAGAAAAGUUGGGGCAGUGGGUUGUGAAGUUGGGCAUCGUGAGGAGUGAAGGAAGGGGAUUUUGAAGGUUAUAGACAGAAGACAAGAAAAGGAAUGGGGAGAUCGGAGUCUUAAGAAUUCCAGAGACUGGGAGGAAGGGAAGAAUACUGGUGAAGGACAGAGGAAGAGUGCCUAGGGGUGGAACCGCUGGGGGUGGAACCGUGCAGGGAAGGAAGGAGAGGCAGGUGGAGGUGGAAUUGCAUGUUUGGGGCCAGGAACCUCAUUUCAGAAGGGCCUUGGUAGGAUUAGAAGGGCCUGAGGUGUGAGAGGUAGGGACAGGGAUGCUGGGACUCGAUGAAGGAGGGGAGUUAGGAUUUGGAGUGUAGAGAUUGGGUUUUAUGUUAAAAAUUCUUGAGUUGGCAGGUAGAAGAACUGUAAGAGUGUCAGGAUGUAGGAGAGAUUGGCAUGCUCCUGGAGGGAAGUAGGGAGCUGGGUAUGGUGGGGCCUUUGGAGCUUUGGGGGAGGAGAGGGUAUGGGUGAGAAGGCAGGUAGGAAAGUGCACUCUGUAGGGAAAAAAAAUGAGAGGAGUGGAAAAUUGAAUAAUGGUGGUGACUCAGAACAACCAAGUUGCAACCAAGGCAAUGUCUUACUACCUCAACUCAGAAAACCACCUGGACCCAGGACCCAUCUAUGUACGAGAAAAUGGUCAGCUGCACAUGGUCAAUCUGGCCUUGGAUGGUGUCAGGAGUAGCCUGCAGAAGCCAAGGCCUUUCAGACUAUUUCCCAAAGGCUUCUCUGUGGAGCUUUGCAUGAACAGGGAAGAUGAUACUGCACAGAAAGAGAAGACUGAUCAUUUCAUCUUCACAUAUACCCGGGAGGGGAAUCUUCGGUACUCUGCCAAAUCUCUCUUCAGCCUCGUCCUGGGCUUUAUCUCCGACAAUGUUGAUCACAUUGAUUCCCUUAUUGGCUUUCCUGAGCAGAUUGCUGAAAAGCUGUUCUCUGCUGCGGAAGCCAGACAGAAAUUUACAGAGCCAGGUGCGGGGCUCAGGGCUUUACAGAAAUUCACAGAGGCCUAUGGAAGUCUGGUACUUUGCUCCCUGUGUUUGCGAAACAGAUAUCUGGUGAUUUCAGAAAAACUUGAGGAAAUUAAGUCUUUCCGGGAGCUGACCUGCCUGGAUCUUUCCUGUUGCAAGCUUGGAGAUGAGCAUGAACUUCUAGAACAUCUCACCAAUGAGGCCCUUUCUAGUGUAACUCAGCUCCACCUGAAAGAUAAUUGUCUAUCUGAUGCCGGCGUACGGAAAAUGACAGCACCAGUUCGAGUGAUGAAAAGGGGCCUUGAAAAUCUCACAUUAUUAGACUUAUCUUGUAACCCUGAGAUCACAGAUGCAGGAAUUGGAUACCUCUUCUCUUUUAGAAAACUAAACUGCUUAGAUAUUUCUGGGACAGGACUCAAGGAUGUCAAAGCCGUCAAACACAAGCUCCAGACCCACAUAGGCCUUGUCCACUCCAAAGUGCCUUUGAAGGAAUUUGAUCACAGUAACUGUAAGACAGAGGGCUGGGCUGACCAGAUUGUUCUGCAGUGGGAACGUGUGACUUCAGAAGCUGUGAAGCCACGAGAAACCGGGGAGCCUCGAACAGCAGCUCAGCACUUCUAUGGCACGCGGGCUCGAGCCGAAGCCCCUGUGAAGUGUCCCCUGGCAGACACCCACGGGAACUCUUCUGAGAAGCUCCAGUUCUAUAAAGAGGAAGCUCCAGACUGCCAUGGGCCAUUGUUAAAGCGCGAAGCUAUCUCAAGCCAGGAGUCAAAGAAGAGCAAGAAGAGAGCUUUUGAAGAGCCAGAGAAGGAACAGAGCAACUCUUCGCAGUCUUCAAAGCAGAAAUAUGUGUGUCUUGCUGUGGAAGACUGGGACUUGUUAAAUUCCUACUGAUUGGUAGAUAGGAGUUGACCUCUUUCCCCUGACUCUAAUGUAUGGGGAAAGGGGGCUGAUGGUGUUUUCCUUUUUGUUUGACUUUACCUAUGGCAUUAGCAUAGCAAGCGGAUAUUUCUACUUUUGUGGUGGGGGAGGGGAAUGCUAUGGAAGUAUGUAAUAAUUUCUAAUGUAUAUUUUCAAUACAUAGUAAUUUUUUCAAAUAAACGUUUUUGCUGUCCUUAA